AUGACUGAGUGGGAGGCGGCGGCGCCGGCGGUGGCCGAGACCCCCGACAUCAAGCUGUUCGGCAAGUGGAGCACGGAUGACGUGCAGAUCAACGACAUCUCCCUGCAGGACUACAUCGCUGUCAAGGAGAAGUACGCCAAGUACCUGCCGCACAGCGCCGGCCGCUACGCCGCCAAGCGCUUCCGGAAGGCCCAGUGCCCCAUCGUGGAGCGCCUCACCAACUCCAUGAUGAUGCACGGCCGGAACAACGGCAAGAAGCUCAUGACGGUGCGCAUCGUCAAGCACGCCUUCGAGAUCAUCCACCUGCUCACCGGGGAGAACCCCCUGCAGGUCCUGGUGAACGCCAUCAUCAACAGCGGCCCCCGCGAGGACUCCACCAGGAUCGGGCGGGCGGGCACCGUGCGGCGCCAGGCCGUGGACGUGUCUCCCCUCCGGCGCGUCAACCAGGCCAUCUGGCUCCUGUGCACGGGCGCCCGGGAGGCGGCCUUCCGCAACAUCAAGACCAUCGCCGAGUGCCUGGCCGACGAGCUCAUCAACGCCGCCAAAGGCUCCUCCAACUCGUACGCCAUCAAGAAGAAGGACGAGCUGGAGCGCGUGGCCAAGUCGAACCGCUGAGCCGACCUCCGCCGCCGGCCCAAUAAAUGGCCCUGCCGGGCCCUCCCUCA